CAACGAUUGCGCAUGCGUCAAAAGAAAAAAUUUUUUCUGAAUCUCGCGCCAAAACUGAACCGUUUGUUUAGGUUGAGUGUAGCUGUAACAAUGAUUUAAAUUAAAUUUUAAGUGAAUCAUUUCAAUAUCGAGAAAAUAUAUUUUUUUAUUGUUACGAAAAUACUGUGAUUCUAUUGUUUGUGCAUGGAGGGUUUGAAAUGUCUCAACACGGUGCGGCUUUACAAGCGUACAAUCAAGAACUUGUAAAGUGUUUAGAAGAAAUGAAAUUAAGACGUAUGGAAUUACAAACUCAGAUUGAGGCUCAAGAAGAUGAAAAAAAUAGUUUGCAAACAGAAAUAGAAAAAUUAUCAUAUAAAUUGACACGUUUAAAUGAUAGCCUAACUAAAAGAAUAGCUGUUAGAAAUGAAUAUGACAGAACCAUUGCUGAUACAGAAACAGCUUAUAUCAAGAUUUUGGAAAGUUCACAGUUAUUACUAAACAUGAUAAAAAAAGAAGCCACAAAUUUAGACCAGACAUUACUUAAAGCAAAUGUGGAUAAACAACAAUAUUGA